UGCCCGAGAGUUUUCAUACCCGGGUCGUGCAGUGGACCACGGCUCGGUCGUACGAAACGGUCGUGCAGAGGAGGUCGUGUUUUCUGCGCGUCCUUUUCGAUAUCUUGUCUCGAUGACGAUGACGGACGUGAAGACAUCGUGAUUGGACAUCCAAGAAAAUCCGGUAUGCAAUAGCGCUUCUCGAAAGCAAAGGCACUCUCACUUCUGCUUCUGCUAGGAUUUGCUGCCGUGCCUGCGGCCAAGAGCUGUGCCAAGCAACAUUGCAAAAGAGAGGAGAAAGCAAACAAAAAGGAAAAGGAGGGCCAUUGCUAAAUAGAAAAGAACACACGAGAAGAGAAAGAAUUCAAAGAAAAGGAGGGGAUUCUCCUUCCGCUUCUUGAAAUCUCUCGAAGAAGGAGCAACAGCAAUCCUAAGAUGAGCCUGUGGGCCCUCAGCUCGGCCGGUCUACACCUGCAGAAUCUGUGUCGAAGAAAGGGCGUCGAGGACCCCGGUUCCUGCUCGGCCCGCGCCGCCAGGGACAGCCGCCGUGACAAUGCAACCCCCAUCGAGACCCAACAUGCUCCUGCUGGCGAUGACGCUGACGACGAUGGCUCUGCUACCCGGUUCCCUCGCGGUGCCGGCCAGGGAACGCCCUCUCAAACCCUGUCCCGAUGGCUUCCAAGCAGUGGUAGUGGACGGCAAGCAGGACUGUGUGUGCGCCGACUACCACGUGUAUUGGCCCCACACCGGUCUGUGCUAUCCGGAGUUCACGCGGGGGCCAUGCGGUCGGGGCCAACAGCUGGCGGCUAAUGACACGGGCCAUGCUGAGUGCAGGUGCCCCGGCUUCUGGGCGCGGUACAAGGACGGCGCCUGCUACCAGGAGUACACGCAGGGCCCGUGCCAGGUGGGGGAGCUGUUCAUGGGGCGCACGGCGGGCGGCGAGGGCUUCUGCUCCUGCUCGCCUGAGAUGGUCAUGCACUACUUCCGCACCGACGGCCGCUGCUACCCGCUGUACGAGCAGGGCCCCUGCCCCAAGGGCCACCUGCUCAAGUUCGACUACCGCACGCUGGAGCCCGUGUGCGAGUGCCGCGACGGCUUCAUGCUCGAGGACGACGGCGUGUGCUACGAGCUGAACACGGCCGGCCUCUGCGACCAGACCAAGUGCCAGGACGGCGGCAUCAACUGUUACGUGCGUAACCUGGACACGCUCAAAACCGAGUGCACGUGCCUGCCCGGCAACGUCACCACGGCCGACGGCCACUGCUUCCAGCCGUACUCGCGCGGACCGUGCCCCCUCGGCAGCUGGCUGGUGUUCUCGGAGCCCGGCGUGGCCGUGUGCGAGCGCAAGACGCAGUGCGCCCGCUUCGACAACUGGUUCUUCUGGACGCCCGACCAGCGCUGCUACCGCCAGUACUCGCGCGGCCCCUGCCCCGAGGGCCAGCUCUUCUACCUGGACCUCAACACCGGCGUGUCCGGCUGCCACUGCCGCCGCGACUGGACGCCCUACUACUGGCCCGAGGACGGCCAGUGCUACGAGCAGCACUCCGUGGGCCCCUGCCCCGCCGGCAUGUACUUCAGCUUCAACCAGACGUCCGGCCAGACCGAGUGCAACUGCUUCACUUCGCACGUGCUGCACGAGGAGUCCCAGACGUGCUACGAGCGCCUGACCCGUGGGCCGUGCCCCGACGGCCAGCUGGUGACGGAAGACCCCGCCACGGGCCGCAUGACCUGCGACUGCCACGCCGGCAUGAGCACCCACUACUGGAGCCGCGACGCCCGCUGCUACCAGCACUUCCUGCAGGGGCCGUGUGCCGCGGGCCAGACCUUCCGGCUGGACCCCGUGGCAGGCAGCCCGGCCUGCAUCACCUGGGGCUGAGCGCGCAGCCUCCUGCAGCGCAGCGUGUGCCCAGCGCCUUCAGUCCCCGAGAAACGCACCUCCAAGUCUGCUUCCUUUUUGCGUUCUAAACGAUGUCAUUUGUUCUCUGCUUCAUUACCUAAAAACAUCUACGUUACAUGGCCAAUAUGCACUUA